AUGAACCCAAAAGAUUUCUUUGAGAUCACUCAUUACUCACUAUAAGAAAUUUAGUAAAUUCCACCUUUCAAAAACAAUCUAGGAACAUUCAAUAAAUAAACCUAUACUGUCUCAUCGGCUUAGACAGGCAAACCUCAUUCUUUAAGCAAGCUCAUCAAUGAACCUAUUUAUUUUAUUAAUGAUGGCCAUUUGUAUUUGGUAGGCCGAAAAGAAAUAUAACAAGGCAAAACAUAUGUAGGGUAUUCUGUCCAAUAUUUGACACUGAUUAAAUACAAGGGUUUAUAUGAAAUGGAUUCCAUUACAAUUGAAACAAACCUAGAGUCUCUAAAAAAGAACAAAACAUAUCGCUAAUUAUCAUCCUCAUAUUUUGAGAGAGUCAAAGACGGAUAGGAACUAUUAAUCUUCAAUGAAAGUAAAUUAGAAGAAUAGGAUGAGUAUUCUUUAAGUUACCUUCUGAGUUAUAAGAUUCAGAAUUCAGCAUAGCUAGUUUAAGAAUAGGUACGUCUGGAGAAAAAGUAAUAACAUACAUUCAAGGCAUUUCAACCUUUUGAGUCUCAUUAUUCUAUGGUCAGUGAGAAUUUUCCGGAAGUAUUUUUAGAGUAUCAGUGCCUAAAUGUGUCAUCUUAGCCUUUGGAGAUGAAGAAUAUUGAAUUUAAAGUUGAAAAUAUAAUGACUAUUCAGAGAUUGAAAGACUACCAAUUGCCAAUUGUUUUGGGUUAGGAUGAAUGUUUGAAAAUCAUUUAUCGAAUUCAGAUAGAGACAUCAGAUCUGAAGGCCAUCUACACUGUAUUGACUUAAAAGAAGGAUUUGACAGAGUAUGAUUUGAGGUUGGGAUAGAUUCAUUUAGAAUGGGGUACUUGUGGUAAUUACUUUGGCACAUAAAAAACUUGUUUGGUCAGGAUUUAUUCUAUUAAUCUAAGACCUGCGAAAUCAAUUUAAAUAGAAAAAGAAGUCAUCACAACAAUAGAAAUAGAUAUUGAAUUGGGUAUCUUAUUUGAUGUCCCUUAAAUUGAUUUGGCUAUUAAAUUAGAAGAAUUAGAGAUGAAAGCAAUUAAAAUUGUUGGAAUGAAUUAAAUGAAAUUAAAUUUUCCUCCUGGAGUAAGAACAAGAAGAAUUAAAUUAGAUGUAGUUGCUUAUAACUGUGGUGUUCAUUAAAUUAAAGGAAUUAAGUUAUAUGAUCCAAAAACUAUGAAAAACAUUUCAUUUAAAAAUUUUCUUUCAGUUUUUGUUGUAAACAAACAACAAAAUUAAAGAACAUAAUAAAUUAAUGCCUAGGAAGUAAAUUUAUUGGAUUUAGAAAUAAAUUAACCCAAAGUAAUUUAAGAAACAAAUUUGCUAGAUUUAAUUUGA